GCUAACAUUGCCUGCCUGCUACGAGUUUUUGCCGCUGGUAGGCCAAAAAGCCGUAACUACACGUGCACCAUCCCUGUCCACGCCGCGAGCGCGCCGGCUGCACGCCUUUUUGCGGAGCGAGCUCGCAUUCGUGCGCCGUCGCCGAGCACCGCACUUGCACCCUCGCCGAGCGCAGAGGCGAAGACCGCGCGCUAUCGCCGCGGCGACACCACGUAGCCGCAGCGCAGCGAUCGCCGCCGCGACCGCAACCGCCACUCAUGGCGACGCCCGUCGUGCAGCGGUUACUGGACGCGCUCGAGUACCCGUUCCCAUUCGCGGGCGACGCCGCCGCCGUCGCGAAGCUCGUGAGCUGGGUGGAAGACCGGAAGAUCCGGUUGUGGGAGAUCGAGCAGCGUAAGCCCUUGAGAACGGCUGGUGUCGAGUUCGACGCCGCUUUUCAAAGCUAUCUGCAAGAGCUCGAGUGCCCCGUGUUACAACCGUCGCAAGCGCUGGUCUGGUUGUUGCACGAAGCCGUCAAAUGCGAGCUCGAGGACGAGGCGGCGAAGCCGCAGCAGGCUGACGUCGACGAAAGCCGCGUGUCGAAGCUCUGUGCAUCAUUGGGCGCCGACGACCUCACGAGUGCCUGUGCACGAGUCGCGGCGAAGAAUGGAAAUGGAGACCCGAAGGACGCGCUGCGCCUCUUCUACGUGUCGGACCUGCGCAAGCUCCAGGACGGCAUCAAUUCUGUGCUCGUGAAAGGGCAGAACUUCGUGGCCAACCCGAAGACGAACGCUGCCCUAGGGAAAGUAGGUCGAUAAAAACACAGUCAUUA